UUCUUUAUAGGCCUUCCAGGUGGAAACCCAGCGCUCUGGGGUCUGAGGCUGGAGAACCGCGAGUUCUAGGCCAGCCUGGGCUACCUGGGAAACACCAGCACGCGCACACAAACACAGUUAAAGGCCGCCUUGCUUAUCUGCUCCUCCCGUUUCGGAUCUUGGCAGUCACGAAGCCUAUGGACUGCCACAAUUUUUAAAUUAAAAAAAAAUUUGCUGCGUCCACGGCGGGACUGGACCUUGGCUUGCUUCUAUUUACUUCCGAUGUCACCACCAAUUUAUUUACUUCUGCUGUCACUCCAACAAGGGGAGGAGGUGCCCGGCAAAAUCCUCAGGGCCAGCUCAUGCCCAAAGCCAGACCUCUGACCUGCCCUGCGCCCCGCCCCGGGUCAGCCUGGUUCCUUCCGCUUCAGUCGACAGGACGCGGAAUCCGCAGGCCAAAACCUCCCGGACACCAACCAGGGGACUCGGACACCCGGCGUCCCGGGCGCCACUUAACAGCUCCGGCUCACGCGGCGCUCUCCCGGCUUCCGGCUCCCGAGGGCGGCAUGUCGGUGACGCUGAGCGUGGAUCCCGCGGGCCCCCGCAGCUGGGACGAGCCCGUGCGCAUCGCCGUGCGCGGCCUGGCACCCGGGCAGCCCGUCACGCUGCGCGCGUCCCUGCGCGACGAGAAGGGCGCGCGCUUCCGCGCCCACGCGCGCUACCGCGCCGACGCCGGCGGCGAGCUGGACCUGGCGCGCGCGCCCGCGCUGGGCGGCAGCUUCGCGGGGCUCGAGCCCAUGGGGCUGCUCUGGGCGCUGGAGGCCGAGCGGCCCUCGUGGCGCCUGCUCAAGCGGGACGUGCGCACGCCCUUCGCCGUGGAGCUGGAGGCGCUGGACGGCCACGAGCCCGACGCCGGGCGGCCGCUGGCGCGCGCGGUGCUCGAGCGCCGCUUCCUGCCGCCCGGGGUGCGGCGGGUGCCGGUGCGCGCGGGCCGGGUGCGCGCCACGCUCUUCCUGCCGCCAGGUGAGGGGUGCUUUCCUGGGAUCAUCGAUUUGUUUGGAAGUGGCGGUGGCCUUUGUGAAUACAGAGCCAGCCUCCUGGCUGGGCAUGGUUUUGCUGUGCUUGCGCUGGCUUACUUCAGGUUUGAAGACCUCCCUGAAUAUUUGAGUGAUCUGCACCUGGAGUACUUUGAAGAAGCCGUGGGCUUUCUGCUGCAGCACCCAAAGGUAAAAGGCCCUAGUGUUGGACUUCUAGGUUUCUCCAAAGGAGGUGACCUGUGCCUCUCAAUGGCUUCUUUCUUGAAGAACAUCACAGCCACUGUAGUUAUCAACGCCUGUGUGGCCAACACAAUAGUUCCUCUGCAUUACAAAGGUAUGGUUAUUCCUUGCAUCAACACUGACCUAACAAAGCAAAAAAUUACUGAGGAAGGCCUUUUAGACUUGGUGGAUAUUUGGGACGAUCCGCUGGAGGAAUCUAACCACCAAAGUCUUAUUCCACUGGAAAAGGCCCAGGGACCCUUCCUGUUUAUUGUUGGCAUGGAUGAUCACAACUGGAAGAGUGAAGUCUAUGCUCAUAUAGCCUGUGAACGGUUAGAAGCCCAUGGAAAGGACAGACCCCAGAUAAUCUGCUAUCCAAAGACUGGUCACUGUAUUGACCCGCCUUACUUUCCUCCUUCCACGGCCUCUGUGCAUGCGCUUUUGGGCGAAGCAGUGUUCUAUGGAGGUGAGCCAAGGACUCACUCAAGGGCACAGGUGGAUAUCUGGCAGCAAAUUCAAACUUUCUUUCAAAAAUAUCUUGGUGGUAAAGAACCUAUCAAGCACAGUAAAAUAUAACAUUGCAGUCAUAGACCAAAUACUAUUCAUAAAAAUUCUAACUAUCCAACUUCUGAUAUUA